UUGGAGAGGCACAAAAAUCAAUUUGAGAUCUCAAAAUCAGCAUCAACCGGAUCCCAUCUUGUUCAUUCUGAUUAUUGAUUCCCAAAGUUUGUUAAUUUUGUGUCAAAAGUUUUUAUGGCUUCUUCUGGGAAUCCAAAUCAACAGCAACAAACAAGCCAUGUUGAUUUGCAGAAGCUUUUCAAGGCAACAACAACAACAACAACAUCAUCAUCAUCAUCAUCAAAUCCCUUACCUUCAAAUUUGAACACUUCUCCAUCAUUCCCUGCUCCUUCACCUUCCACACCUCCACCUUCUUCCUACCCAACCCCUUCUUCUUCUUACCCUCCACCAACUGGCACAUACCCUUAUCACUUUCUUCCUUAUCCAACCCUUCACCACCAUCAACAGCCUCAGGAAAACCCUCUUGUCAUUCAUCACCUUCCUCAAAUGCAUGCUCCACAAAGACCAAUCUUUCAACCCCCUUCUUCUCCUUCUCCUUCUCCUUCUCCCUCCUCACCACACCUUCCUUCAUCCCCAAAUCCCAAUACCACUACAACUGGUGCACGCCUCAUGGCCUUGUUGAGCACCCAAAACCCUCCCUCCAAUCCAUCUUCAUCCACAUCACCAUCACCAUCACCAUCACCUGCAGUUUCUGAAUUUUCAAUGCCAGCAAAUCCUGCAGCUUUGCCCUCUACACCUUCUUCAGCUUCUCCUGUGAAUCUGGGAAGCCCUCAGUCCACACCAUCAAGGAGGUUGAGCAGCAAGCUCCCAAAGGGACGCCAUUUGAUAGGACAACAUGUUGCUUAUGACAUUGAUGUUAGGCUUCCAGGAGAGGUGCAGCCUCAGCUUGAAGUCACUCCUAUAACCAAGUAUGCCUCUGAUCCUGGCCUUGUUCUUGGUCGUCAAAUUGCAGUGAAUAGAUCUUACAUAUGCUAUGGACUCAAACUUGGUGCCAUCCGGGUCCUUAAUAUCAAUACUGCAUUAAGAUAUUUGCUUCGAGGUCAUACCCAGAGAGUAACUGACAUGGCUUUCUUCGCUGAGGAUCUUCACCUGUUGGCAAGUGCUAGCACUGAUGGGAGAAUUUUUAUAUGGAAGAUCAAUGAGGGCCCUGAUGAGGAAGACAAGCCUCAAAUUACUGGAAAAGUUAUCAUAGCCAUUCAAAUAUUAGGAGAGAGUGAGUCAGUUCAUCCACGAGUAUGCUGGCAUCCCCACAAACAAGAGAUUUUAAUGGUUGCUAUUGGAAACCGAAUCCUCAAAAUUGACACUAUGAAAGCUGGAAAAGGUGAAACUCUAUCCGCAGAGGAGCCUCUCAAAUGUUCCAUUGAUAAGUUGAUUGAUGGGGUGCACCUUGUUGGUAAGCAUGAUGGCAAUGUCACUGAGUUGUCAAUGUGCCAAUGGAUGAAGAGUCGAUUAGCUUCAGCAUCAGAAGAUGGCACGGUGAAGAUAUGGGAAGAACGUAAGGCAACACCACUUGCUGUUUUAAGACCACAUGAUGGUAAACCUGUUAAUUCUGUGACAUUCUUGACUGCUCCUCACCGCCCUGAUCAUAUCGUUCUUGUCACAGCGGGGCCACUGAAUCAGGAAGUGAAGAUAUGGGUCUCUGAUAAUGAGGAGGGCUGGUUAUUGCCUAGUGAUUCGGAGUCAUGGAAUUGUAUUCAGACCUUGGAUAUAAAAAGUUCUUCUGAAGCCAACCCUGAGGAUGCAUUCUUUAAUCAAGUUGUAGCAUUACCUCGUGCUGGUUUGUUUCUGCUAGCAAAUGCCAAGAAAAAUACAAUAUAUGCUGUGCACAUAGAGUAUGGACCUUAUCCAAGUGCUACUCGCAUGGAUUACAUUGCUGAGUUCACAGUCACAAUGCCUAUAUUAAGUCUUAUAGGAACUAGUGAUAGUUUACCAGAUGGAGACCAUAUUGUGCAGGUAUAUUGUGUCCAAACACAAGCUAUUCAACAGUAUGGACUCAAUUUGUCACAAUGUUUGCCUCCACCCAUUGACAAUGCUGAACUUGAAAAAACAGAAUCCAAUCUAUCUCGUGUCUCUGAUGCUUUAGAUGGAUCUACUAAUCUGGAAACUGGAAAUAUGCCACAAGUUCAUCCUACCAGUUCUGAAAGUGCUCCUGUUGUAAGCCUUGCAGUAAAUUUUCCUUCUUCAGAUAUAUCUGGCCUGCCCGAAGCUUCUAUUUCAGAUAUAGAAACCAAGCCAAAUGAUUUACCUUCUCGUAAUGGUUUUGAACAUAUCUACACUGCUCCACCUCCACUUCCUCUGAGUCCUAGAUUGUCCCAGAAGUUAUCUGGUUUCAAAACUUCAUCAAAUAAUUUAGAGACUAGUUCAACAAGUGCUGAUCACAGCACUGAGCAGAUAAAUCUUGAAUCUUCAGCUGAAAGGAGAAUGGAUUCUGAAAAAGGUGAUGUGGCUGACGUGUCUGCAUCAGGUGACAACUUGCGAAAGAAUGAUAGAGUUGUACAAAGUGAUGUCUCUGUGGUUUCUAAUCCCCCUACAAUAUUUAAACACCCAACCCAUUUGGUAACUCCAUCUGAGAUAUUCUCUAAGGCUGCUUUAUCUUCUGAUAAUUCCCAAACUUCUCAAGGUAUGAAUGUUCAAGAUGUGGCUGCCCAUAAUGAUGCAGAAAACCUUGAAGUAGAGGUUAAAGUUGUAGGCGAGACAGGUUCUAAUCAAGAAAAUACUGAGUUUGACAGAGACGGAGAUUUCCACACCAAUGUUGCUGAGAAGAAAGAGAAAUUAUUCUAUUCUCAGUCCUCCGAUCUGGGCAUUCAGAUGGCCAGAGAGACCUAUAACAUUGAGGGAAUUCGUCAGGAUGAUAAUAUUAAAACUAUUGAUGCACCUGAUCAAAGUUGUAGCUCUAUUGAUGAGGAAGCUCAAGACACGAACAAUGAUGUAUCUGCAAACAUCGGUGAAUCAGAAACUGUGGCUGCUACUUUGCAGUCUCCAGCACCUGCCAUGAAAGGUAAAAGACAGAAGGGAAAAAGUUCUCAAGUGUCUGGUACAUCUGCUUCUCCCAGUCCUUUUAACUCAAUGGAUUCAUCAAAUGAUCAAGGUGGCAAUUCAGGAGGCUCAUCCAUGGAAGCUGCUUUGCCACAGUUAUCGACUAUGCAGGAGAUGCUGGGCCAGUUAUUAAGCAUGCAGAAAGAAAUGCAAAAGCAGAUGAAUGCAAUGGUUUCUGUCCCAGUUACCAAGGAAGGCAAAAGAUUAGAAGGAUCCUUGGGUCGGAACAUGGAGAAAGUUGUCAAGGCUAACAAUGAUGCUUUGUGGGCACGCUUACAGGAAGAAAACGCAAAGCAAGAGAAGUUAGAGCGAGACCGUACACAGCAAAUAACAAACAUGAUCUCCAAUUAUGUAAACAAGGAUAUGGCAGCUCUAUUGGAGAAAAUCAUUAAGAAGGAAAUAUCUACAAUUGGAACAACCAUUACUCGUUCGAUUAGUCAAAUUAUAGAGAAAACAAUAUCAUCAGCUGUUACGGAGUCAUUCCAGAAGGGGGUGGGAGACAAGGCAGUGAAUCAACUAGAAAAAUCAGUUAGUUCAAAACUUGAAGCUACAGUGGCUAGGCAGAUACAAGCACAAUUUCAAACUUCUGGCAAGCAAACUCUUCAGGAAGCACUUAGGACUAGUGUUGAAGCUUCAAUCGUACCUGCAUUUGAGUCGUCUUGCAGAGCUAUGUUUGAGCAAAUUGAUGUCGCAUUUCAGAAUGGACUUGUUAAGCACACAACUGCUAUUCAGCAGCAGUAUGAUUCUACUCAUUCUCCACUAGCCAUGUCUUUGAGGGAUACAAUUAAUUCAGCAUCAUCAAUCACUCAGACUUUGAGUGGGCAAUUAGCUGAUGGCCAACGCAAGCUGUUAGAAAUUGCAACUAACUCCAAAGUAGCUGCGGAUCCCUUUGUAACACAAGUCAAUAACGGCUUGCAUGAGAUGACUGAGGAUCCUACCAAAGAACUAUCAAGGUUGAUAAGUGAGGGCAAAUUUGAGGAAGCUUUUACUGGUGCCCUUCAUAGAAGUAAUGUUUCAAUAGUUUCUUGGUUAUGUUCUCAGGUUGAUUUAGCUGGCAUCUUGACAAUGGUGCCACUGCCAUUAAGCCAAGGAGUACUUCUGUCUCUUCUACAGCAAUUGUCCUGUGACAUCAAUUCAGAAACACCCGGAAAAUUGGCAUGGAUGACAGAUGUGGCUGCUGCCAUAAACCCAGCAGAUCCAAGGAUUGCAGUGCAUGUACGGUCAAUAUUGGAUCAAGUGUCCCGGACACUGGGCCAUCAUCGGAAUUUACCAACAACCUCCCCUUCAGAUUUAAGCACAAUCCGCCUUCUCAUGCAUGUCAUAAACUCGGUGUUGUUGAGCUGUAAAUGACUUCGUUGUAUUUUAUCAUCUGUGCAGAAAGUGUUAAGCAUCAACUGGUUUGUAUAUAGAUAGUUCAGAGGGGUUGAAGUGAACUACUGUAUGUAGUUGUCUUUGUACAACUGAUUUGUGUGAAAGAGUUUCACUUCUUCUGUAUGCUUCUUGUUUACAUUUUGCCCUUGCCCCCUCCUAUGAUGUCUUUACUCUUUACACUUAAGAGAUAUUGCCUUCACCUUGAUGGACAACGAAAAGUGUGACAUCCUCCUACGAAGAAGUUAACAGCACAACGGCAAUAUUUUCCAAGCUGCAGGAUCCAGGGUAGGUUGCAGUUGAGGCUGGGAGUGGCUGCAACAAAUGCUGACUAGUCAUUGCAUCCUGCUAUGGCAGGAUAGUCCUUGUGCAAAGAUUUUGUGCUUCUUAAUUGUUGAGAACGUGGGGAUGGCAUCAGAGUGGUAUUGUUUUGCUAGGAUGUUCUAUGCUGGUUGGUUCUCUGGUGGCAGUUUCCAGCACAGAUAGUUGUGAAUGUCUGCAAAAUAAAAAACAAGAAGCUGUUAUUUAUAAUGACUUGGAAUCCUUCAGUUAUGUAAACUUUACAUUUAAUGUAGCAACAA